AGGCGGUCGCCAUUCCCCUUCUAUGGAUUAGCAUGAAGGUCGAGUCCUAGCAGGAUGAUAUCGACCAUCAGGUGGAGCUCAUUGAAUCACGGAAACACAAACGACCAAAUGCGUCGACCUUAUCUGAUGCCCCUCAAACGAGGGAGAUGGCGACCACAAAUGUCAAACCUGGUAAGAGUAAACACCCAUACGACACUGGAGCUGGAGAGACGACUGGGAGAACUACAGAGAAUGAACUGCCAAGGGAUUCCUCCCGUCAGACGGGACGAAUUGCGCCCCGAGAAGGAAAAUCACGAAAAUCUAGAACUCUGCCGAUUCUAAGUCCUCGUCAGGGCGAGAUUCUCGUUCCUCCAUCUCAGACGUCAGAUUAUACCCCAGGAUCUCGAACUGUGGAUGAUUCCCUACGUCGUCCUAAAAUCAAAUUUCGGAGUAUUCUAGGGCUACAAAGAAACAGAAAAAAUAUUCCUAAUGCAGUUUCUCUGAAUACAAUCUCAGCAUCUCCUGCUCGAGUAUCACCUGAACUAGAGGCACAACUGCGAGAUCAACAACAAACAUGGUGGCCCUUGAAAAAGGUAAGAGGGGCAUGUGGUGAACGGGACGGAGACGACAUCUUCGGUUUAGCGGGGGAGGAAUCAAUGCUGGAUGCGGAGAAUGGCCUAGCAACGUCAGCAAGGAGUAGGACUAUGGAUGAAGGUGUUCAAAGUCAUCACGCAAGUCCAUCUUCAAAGAACGAAAUUGAGAAGAAAGCGAAUAUUUUCGGGCGUACUCGAUUGAAACUUGAAAAUAGGAUAGGCCAGAAGCAGAGGUCUCAUAAGGGUUUAAAGAGGACAGAAAAUGACGAUUCUACUUUACAAACCGAUUGGGAGCAGCUGGAAACCUCGGGACCGAAACCAAAGAAGUGGCGCGCAAAAAGCAAAUCUUCAUCUCAAACUCGUUCAGCUACGGCUGGGGCUAGUUCCACACCAGGCAAUACAACGAUCCACGCGGAUUUUACAUGUGGAGAAUCGGAGGGUCGGACACGCUCGUUGACGCCGACGCAAGCUUUUCGUCUCCUACUCGGCCUCAGAAAAACACCGUCGUCAGCAACAACAACGACGCAACCAGACCUUGGGGGUUCAGGAAUUCGUGAAUCAGCAACUACCCUAUUACGGACGCAGCCAAGUCAAGAGAGCCGUUAUUCCAAUAGACAAUCGACGGAAGUUAACAAGAGCAGAGCCUGGAUUCCAUUCUGGGGAUUACCUCGACCACAGCCAAAGGUAUCGCCGGGCAUUGAUAUCGAGGAUGCCUCGAGACGAGGGAGUGGGUUGGAACCAGCCUCAAGGGAAAUGGGUCAGAGUGGAUUGGUAAGUCCAAAGAAAUAUUCGGGUAGGAUUUCUCGGAGGGGGUGGAGAAGUGGAUAGAAUGCGUAUGCUGGUAACAGCAGCGGAUGGAUAUCCUGUGAGAUCGGAAGUUGGCUUCCUACUUCCUAAUCCCCUUACCCGGUCGAGGCAUAUUAGAAGA